GUGGGGAGACUGUGAACAAUACGUCCUCAGGAAAAGUGGCUAGAAAUACGGUCACCGAUGGACCUGUUACCGAUCCAGCAUCAAACACUAAGUCUAAAGAAUAAAAGUGCAGCAAGGGAACCAAGCUUUUCUGAUAAUUAUUUCUAUACCUAUUCCUUGUGUAUAUAAAAUCAUGUAUUUUUAUCUUUUUGUAUAUCGUUUUUUAUACAUGUUUUGUUUUUGUGUGACAUCUCAGCCCAGCCCCGUCAAGUCUUGUGACCACAUGUUGCUGUUAUGUAAUACAGCACAUGGUAAUAAUUGAUAGCCUAGAGGCAUCAAAUAAUGCCUUUCACGGCGCGAGAACAAAAUUAGACCCCAAGUCUGGAGCCUUAAAAAAAUCGAGCCGUUAUCGUAGUCGUUCUUUGUCAGCCAGUAGCACGGAUAGUUACAGUUCUGCAUCGUAUACAGGAAGCUCGUCAGAUGAGGAUGACGUAUCACCGCGCGAAAAAAUUCAAAAGACCGAAACCGGGUUUACAGAUUUCUGUGUACGCAAUAUUAAUCAACAUGCAUUUGGUCGAAGAGAAAUAGAAAUAGCAGAACAGGAAAUGCCUGGAAUUAUGGCACUUCGUAAACGCGCAGCUGAAGAUAAGCCAUUGAAGAAUGCAAAAAUUGUGGGAUGCACUCAUAUCAAUGCUCAAACUGCAGUCCUUAUAGAAACCUUAGUACAUUUGGGAGCCCAAGUUAGGUGGGCAGCAUGUAAUAUAUAUUCUACACAAAAUGAAGUAGCUGCUGCCCUUGCCCAUGCAGGGUAUCCAAUUUUUGCCUGGCGCGGUGAAACAGAAGAAGAUUUCUGGUGGUGCAUCGAUAAAUGCGUAGCUGCCGAAAAUUGGCAACCGAAUAUGAUAUUAGAUGACGGUGGAGAUGCAACGCAUUUGAUGCUUAAAAAAUAUAAUGCCAUGUUUAAAAUGAUUCAAGGAAUUGUUGAGGAGAGCGUGACAGGUGUACAUAGAUUAUAUCAGUUAUCAAAAGCAGGCAAAUUAUCCGUCCCUGCCAUGAACGUGAAUGAUAGCGUAACAAAGACUAAAUUUGACAAUCUUUAUAGCUGUCGUGAAAGUAUUAUUGAUAGUUUGAAAAGAUCAACAGAUAUCAUGUUUGGUGGGAAACAGGUUGUAAUUUGUGGCUAUGGAGAAGUCGGUAAGGGUUGUUGUCAAGCUCUGAAAGGUUUAGGUUGUAUUGUUUAUAUAACCGAAAUUGAUCCAAUUUGUGCUUUGCAAGCUAGUAUGGAUGGCUUUAGAGUAAUGAAAUUAAACGAAGUUAUUAGAAACGUAGAUAUUGUCAUUACCGCAACAGGCAAUAAGAAUGUAGUUACACGAGAACACAUGGACAAGAUGAAAAACGGUUGUGUGGUAUGCAACAUGGGACACAGUAACACAGAAAUAGAUAUUAACAGUUUACGCACGCCUGAUUUAACUUGGGAAAAAGUAAGGUCUCAAGUGGAUCAUGUUAUCUGGCCGGAUGGAAAGCGCAUCGUGUUAUUAGCGGAAGGCCGUUUAGUCAACUUGUCUUGUUCCAGCAUUCCCUCGUUUGUUGUCUCGAUUACAGCCGCUACGCAAGCGUUAGCGCUUAUUGAACUUUUCAACGCGCCAACAGGACGAUAUAAAAGCGAUGUUUACUUGUUACCGAAAAAAAUGGAUGAGUACGUAGCAUCAUUACAUUUACCAACAUUUGAUGCACACUUAACUGAACUAACGGAUGAACAAGCUAAAUACAUGGGACUUAACAAGGCUGGACCUUUUAAACCCAAUUAUUACCGCUAUUAAAAAUAUAUGAACGAGUGAGACCAAGCGGUAUAUAUCAUGUUUGAAACAUUAUGUUUAUGAAUAUUUAAAAAACUGCCUCGUUUCUUUGCAGUUUCGACUAUUGAGUUUAUUUAGUCAUAUUAAUAUAAAUGUACGAUAAGGCUUCAUGUUAUCUUUAAGAUAAUUCUAGGCAGUUCCAUUAUCCUAGAACAAUAUUUUUUAUGUAUUGUGAACAAUACUUCAGUAUGAUUCCAACCAAAAUAUUGUCUCAGUACUGGCUGCAAUAAUCAAUAAUUAGGAGUUACGUAAGUGAAUAAUAUAUACAUUUACUGAAUGAACACUCGCGGAUGUAUACCCGAUUAAUUUAUCAGAGUGGACAAAGAUAUGUGCAGCUAUAUAUUCAGCCAGAACGAAGCUUGAAUUUGUCAGCUGAUAAUUUUUCGCAAAGAAAGAAAUAGAUAUGUCAAAGACCUGUAAGCAUAGCGCAUUUGUUACACAAUGUAAUAAGUUAUACCACCAGAAAGAGUUAUUAAGAUUGUGUUUGAUCCGUUUGAUAUCAUGUUCAGAAAAUUGUUAAUUUAAAACAAAUUUUCUGAUACUAUUGAAAACAUGUACAUACACAUGCAUAAAGAGUUUUAAUAUCGCAAGACGUGGAUCGUCACACGAAUAAUCGAAACGUAUACUGUGCAUUUGGUGAUGAGUAAAUAUGUCUUCGCAGUAACUACAUCCAGUAAUUGUUCUUAAUUAAUCUAUCGAAACAGCAAUUAUGUACACUCGUAUGUACUUAGUAUUUCUGUUUCCAUGAUAGAAACGAUGUAAAAAUUAACUAAUUCAAAUCAUGUACAUAAUUAUCUAAAGAAGGAAAAACAGUAAUUAGAACGGAUAAAAGUUAGACCUUUUAUAAUUGGUUGUAUCACUCCCUUGAUAAAUAAACCUCAAUAAUGAGAGAUAAAAUGCCAAUAAACAACCUAUGAUGCCUUGAAUUUA